UAAUGAUCGAUUCAUAUGUAUACACGAUUAUGCACCAUUAUAUAGGCUAUGUUUAGACGCAUAUGGAACCUGAUUGAAUGAGGCUGAACCGGAUGAAGGGUCUUCUGAAAAACUUUUUGGAUUGUUGGAUUAAGAGUCAUUUUUGUGGACGACACACUGGAGUAAAUAACUGGUUCAUUAAAACACGCACGAGACGCUGAUGUUUUGUUACCACGGAAUGUGCGGUUAGAUUAAAGUUAAUGUGUUACAUUUAAUUUAGUUUAUUGGUUUAUUGCUUAGUUUUAUUAAGCUUUUUUUAUGUCAAAUUAAUAAGAAAAACCCUCAACUCAGACUCAGCAGGGAAAAUGCGUCCAUAAUCUUAAAGAAAACUUUGCAUUUUAAAGUAUUUAGUUUUGUUUAUUCAAUGUAUUUACUGUUUUGUUCAUUUGAAAUGUCGAAUGAGCAAGAAACCCUGCGUGCAGUCUCGGCAUGUGGGAAAAUGCAUCCUUAACCUCCAAGAACACCUUAAAUACAUAGGUGCACGUGCAGAGAUCUUUAUGUUGUGAGUGAAUAUGGCGAAUACUCUGGAGAGAGAGAUUUUGGAGCGCGAGCUCCGUCCACGCUUGUGUUAUUUAACUAAAGGAGAUUGCGGAUACGGAUUUCAUCUGCACGGUGAACGGAGCCGAGGAGCGCAAUACAUCCGCAAGGUCGAGCCGGGCUCCCCCGCAGACCUGUCCGGUCUCAAGUCCGGGGACCGGGUGGUGGAGGUGAACGGAGAGAAUGUGGAGGGAGAAACACAUCGGCAGGUUGUGGAGAGGAUCUUGGCUGUGGAUCACCGCACCAGACUGCUGGUGGUGGACCGGGUCACAGAUGAGUUCCUGAAGUUUCACGGUCUCCCAUGUACAGAGGAGAGGGCGAUAGAAAUGGGCUCUCUCUCUUCUCGUUCCUCCGCGGCAUCCUCUCCACGCGCCUCACCACGAGACUGCGCCACACCUCCCUACAGCAGACAGAGCUCUGAGGGCAUUUUAAUAAAUAAGAGUCCCAGUACCUCUGGAGGGAUUAACGGUUCUCCGCUAUACAGAGCUCAUGCCCGCCUGUCUACACCUGUGUUCCUGUCUCCCCCCUCACCCUCUGAACUAAAAAAUGAGCGAAUAACUGAACUCUUCUCAAAACCCAGCAUUGAAUCUAGUGUUGAACCCAAGAUUGAAUCCAUAACUGAACUCUUCACAAAACCCGGCAUUGAAUCUAGUGCUGAACCCAAGAUUGAAUCCAUAACUGAACUCUUCUCAAAACCCAGCAUUGAAUGUAGUGUUGAACCCAAGAUUGAAUCCAUAACUGAACUCUUCUCAAAACCCAGCAUUGAAUCUAGUGCUGAACCCAAGAUUGAAUCCAUAACUGAACUCUUCUCAAAACCCAGCAUUGAAUCUAGUGCUGAACCCAAGAUUGAAUCCAUAACUGAACUCUUCUCAAAACCCAGCAUUGAAUCUAGUGCUGAACCCAAGAUUGAAUCCAUAACUGAACUCUUCUCAAAACCCAGCAUUGAAUCUAGUGCUGAACCCAAGAUUGAAUCCAUAACUGAACUCUUCACAAAACCCGGCAUUGAAUCUAGUGCUGAACCCAAGAUUGAAUCCAUAACUGAACUCUUCUCAAAACCCAGCAUUGAAUGUAGUGUUGAACCCAAGAUUGAAUCCAUAACUGAACUCUUCUCAAAACCCAGCAUUGAAUCUAGUGCUGAACCCAAGAUUGAAUCCAUAACUGAACUCUUCUCAAAACCCAGCAUUGAAUCUAGUGCUGAACCCAAGAUUGAAUCCAUAACUGAACUCUUCACAAAACCCGGCAUUGAAUCUAGUGCUGAACCCAAGAUUGAAUCCAUAACUGAACUCUUCUCAAAACCCAGCAUUGAAUCUAGUGCUGAACCCAAGAUUGAAUCCAUAACUGAACUCUUCUCAAAACCCAGCAUUGAAUCUAGUGCUGAACCCAAGAUUGAAUCCAUAACUGAACUCUUCACAAAACCCGGCAUUGAAUCUAGUGCUGAACCCAAGAUUGAAUCCAUAACUGAACUCUUCACAAAACCCGGCAUUGAAUCUAGUGCUGAACCCAAGAUUGAAUCCAUAACUGAACUCUUUACAAAACCCAGCAUUGAACCCAGCAUUGAACCCAGCAUUGAACCCGGCAUUGAACCCAGCAUUGAACCCGGCAUUGAACCCAAGACUGAACCAAUAACUGAACUCAACACUAAACUGAGCACUGAAUGCAGUAUUGACCCUACUGAGCCCAAGAGUGAACCCAACACUAAAGCCAGCACUGAACUCACUGAAACCAUUGAAAGCAUCACUGACCUCAGUGGAUCACAAAUCAAUACACAGGAGGAAACAUCAUCGGAGGGGAACGUGGUAACGAAGGACCUGCGUCCACGCUUGUGUCACAUGAUCAUUGGCGAGCAGGGCUACGGCUUCAACUUGCACUGCAACAAAUCCCGCGCGGGCCAGUACAUCCGCUCCGUGGACCCCGACUCACCUGCGGAGCACGCGGGAUUGAGGCCGAGGGACCGACUCAUCGAGGUGAAUGACAGAAGUGUCGAAGGUCUGCGUCACGCUGAGGUGGUGGGGUUGAUUAGAGCGGGAGGCAGAGAGACCCGUCUGUUGGUGGUUGACCCGGAGACAGAUGAGCUGUUUAAUACACUGGGCAUCACGCCCACAGCUACUCAUCUUAAAGAGGACUGUGUGGAUGGACCAAUCAUUGAGAGCCCAGAGACGAAGUGUCCUAUCUCAGACGGCCCUGUAUCUGCUUCACCAGUCACAAAUGUCCCCAGGAUCUCUCCACCAAUCAUAAACAUCACACUGACAGAUCCACCAAUCACAAAUGGCUGUCCACGACACAAGAGCUACGGAAGCUCCUCCUCUUAUUCUACUUUAUCAGAGACGAGUACCGAACUCAGCAGUUCUGACAUAAGCAAGGUCACUGAUUCAGACCAUCAUUCCUUUGACGAGGUCCGUAAAUCUAACCAAGAUGGAAAAUCUGAGCAGCGGCCGUCAGACCCGUUCUGGGAGAGUGGUCUGCAACUGAGCCAAACUGCAGCUGAGGCCAAACAAAAAGCGCGGGCCAAACGGCCCAACAAGAGAGCGCCCCGUAUGGACUGGAGCAAGAAACAGGAGAUCUUUAGCAACUUCUGAGGAUCGUAUACAUCUCAUUUCUAUUCAUAUGCAUCUAUGCAGAGACUGAACCAAAGAAAUAAAUCUUAGACCAAAUUAGAUCAAGCUCCUGAGAUUAAAAUAUUUUGAGAGACUUUUAGAUCACUAACUAAAAUUGGACAUCAACUCUUCAAGAACUUCUCUUCUGCUGUGGAGUCCCAAAUAAAAGUCACAGCUAUAAUAUAAAAAAAUGAAGGACAUUCUCCAAUGUGAUGGAGUGGAAAUGUAACAUGUUCUAAAGAGAAGAGGAAAAGGAUGAGAGAUUAGACAUUUGACUGCUUUAAAGUAGUGUAGAUUCAGACUGAAUGUACAAAUAUAAAAGUAAUGUUUUUACAGAAAUGCAAAAGGGCCAUUCUUGAUGGAAUUGCAGAAAUAUGACAUUUCAUUACUAGAAAGUGUUUCACAAUCAGGAAUUUUGUUACUAAUGGUUUUUCGCCCAAAUCAACUUGAUUACUAAAUAUACUGAUGACAUUUAUGCAGUCUGUUUUCAAGAAAAUGUUGCAGUGUUGGCAAGAUGUUUUGCAAAAUGAUAUCACGUGGUUCAUUACCAGUGUUGGGUGUAUCCGAUUACAAAGUAAUUAGUUACUGUAAUCGAAUUACUUUUUAGUAAAAAAAUAAAUAGCGUAACACAUUACAUUUUAAAUUCUUAUAAUCAGAUUACAGUUACUGACUUUCAAUUAAAGUAAUUUAUUUUAAGUACAUUACUUUCACAAAAGGAAUAUGUGUAAUACAUUUAAAAUAUGAAAUCAUAGUGCGUCUGUUAGCGUUUCUGUGACAGCUGAAGUGUUUAAUUUGAGUGGAUUACUUAUUUUGAGUAACCCAACAUAGUAAAUUACACGCAUCGUGGCAGUUACUAGGUGAAAUGUCCACUGUGUGGCGCUAAAAGCGAGUUAAAUGUUCUUUCAAACAGAUGAGAUUUUUAUGGUUAAUGCUCUAUCGAGUUUUAUAUCAACAAAACCGACCUCCCUACCCUAAACCUUAAACAGAAAAAGCAACGUAAAACACAGUCAUUUUUUGGUGCUUCUAUGACACUUUCAGCUCGCGUGUUAACUCGCGAAACGAACAGCGUUUCACGUAAAAAUCACUAUGCAAAAAUGAAAGUAUAGUAACAUGAUUCUAUGAGAUCAGGCUGCUUUUUUGAUUUCAUCUCAGGUUUCACCAUAAAUAGUAUUGAUUACUAACACUGAAUCAACCUUGGUAUAACCAACCAACAUGAAGCAGAAGUUUGAAAGUUUCAGAGUGGGUCUUAGAGAGUAAACAAUCUUCAAAAGUCAGUAAAUUAGUAAUACAAUAACAUAAGUGAUUGAUCUUAAAGAGACAGUAACAUGAGAAGUACCACACUAUGAAGUUACAAAAUUGCUUAGAACAGAGAUGAAAGUGAGACAACAGUAAAAGUGUAUUCAGAAUGAAUCAAAAGUUUGUUUUUUGGAGUCAGUGGACUAAUAGUUAUGGCUCAAGUACUCAAAACAGUGAAAGUGUAGGUGAUUUUGUGCCUCUGUGUUGAUACAUUGAUUGCAGACUUCUGGAGGGAAUAAAAGACAAAGUUGCAGUACUACCAGAAACAUCAAGGAAAGUAAGAGAGAAAGAUAUACUGAACAAAUGCCAAAGAAAGAGUGGUACAGCAAUAGACAAAAAUGAACUUGCAAGUAGGUAGAAAGUAGAAAGGAAAAAGAAUGAAAAGAAUAUUGAAACUGUAGAUGGAAGAUCUCAAGGUCUCUGGUUUAUUUCUGGAUUUCAGCAGGAAUAAUUAGCUAUUUAAUGGCUUUAACUGAUUAUUAAAACAUCACUUCAUGACACUAUUAUUCCAUCAAACACUUGUAGAUCUAAUGUUUUCUUUCUAAUCAGAGUUCUGAUAAUGAUGUCUUGUAUGUAAUGUGUUGUUGAGUUCAUUUUGUUCAGGUCACUAGUUUACUGCCCACAUUCACAUUUUCACACACACACACA